AUGGAGGCGGUGUGGCAGAUCCAUGCUAAAGCUGGCGGGGCUGUGCUUCGCCGUGGCCAUCAUCUGCCUGUGCGGCAGCGGCUGCAGGGGGAGUACUGUGUUGCUCCGUUCAGAGUUACUGGUGUGACACGUUUCUCAUCCAUGGCUCAUGUUUGCCAAGAGUCCUGGAGACGAGGACGAGCGGCAGCAUCUUGCGGUAAUCAGGGGUGCUACACCAACACGGGUGGGCAAGCGCAAGGGCAAUGGCGGCGGCUGCUGGCGGAUGGUCCGGGGUCAUACCCGCCACGGUGCACGUCCAAGUGCGGCGACUGCAGCCCGUGCUACCCGGUGCACGUGGCCGUGCCGCCGGGCGUGCCGGUCACCACCGAGUACUACCCGGAGGCGUGGAGGUGCAAGUGCGGCAACCGCCUCUACAUGCCAUGA